UGUAAUCUUCUCCUGUUUCCUGCCCAGAAAGAAUUGGCUGAAGUCACGUGGAAAGGGCCGGCUGGGAAGCCACGUGAUCUGAGUGGCCCAGAGAUUGGGAGUCGUCGCAAUGGGUACCACGCUGGACAUCAAGAUCAAACGAGCUAACAAGGUGUAUCAUUGCGGGGAAGUUCUCACUGGAGUAGUGGUCAUAACAAGUAAAGAUUUGAUCCAGCAUCAGGGAAUCUCAUUAACAAUGGAAGGAUCUGUAAACCUGCAGCUCAGUGCCAAAAGUGUUGGUGUGUUUGAAGCAUUCUGCAAUUCUGUUAAGCCUAUCCAACUAAUCAAUAGUGUGGUAGAAAUGGUAAAAUCUGGAAAAUUGCCUAGUGGUAAAACAGAAAUUCCUUUUGAGUUUCCACUGCAAGUAAAAGGAAGCAAAAUUCUUUAUGAAACUUACCAUGGAGUUUUUGUCAAUAUCCAGUAUACUCUUCGAUGUGAUAUGAGGCGCUCUCUCCUGGCCAAGGAUUUGACAAAAUCUUGUGAAUUUAUUGUCCAUUCACCACCUCAGAAAGGUAAGCCAACUCCAAGCCCAGUGGACUUUACUAUUACUCCUGAAACACUACAGAAUGUGAAAGAGAGAGCAUUGCUUCCAAAAUUUCUCAUAAGAGGCCACCUCAGUUCAACCAACUGCAUCAUAACACAACCUCUAACAGGGGAGUUGAUAGUGGUGAACUCAGAUGCUGCUGUUAAAAGUAUUGAACUCCAGCUGGUACGAGUGGAAACCUGUGGCUGUGCUGAAGGUUAUGCUAGAGAUGCCACUGAGAUUCAGAACAUUCAGAUUGCUGAUGGUGAUGUCUGCAGAAAUCUUCCUAUUCCAAUCUAUAUGGUCUUUCCAAGACUGUUUACGUGUCCUACUCUGGAAACUACAAACUUCAAAGUUGAAUUUGAAGUUAACAUCGUUGUCCUCUUGCAUGAUGAUCACCUCAUCACAGAGAACUUUCCACUGAAACUCUGCAGAGUGUGAUUAUGCUCGUUUUGCAGCUACUGCUCAGACCAGAUACAUCCCAUUUGUUGGACAUCCAACAAACUGGCACUGCAGGAACUAAGCAAUAUAACCCUAUUAUUGUCACAAUUUGCUAUUUUGAAUGAUGGACCAGAAUUUUAAGUUACAGCGAUAACAAUGUUCUGACACAAUGUCCAAUAAGAACUCGGUCACUUUUGUCUGUAAUGUCACUGCGCUACAAGUGUUAAUGGAAGUUGAAAUGGGAACUAUGUGGCCUACACCUCUAUCUUUUCUUAUUUGUUUAUAAGAAUUUGUGAGUAAGAAAUUCAGACAUUAAGAGGAAGAAUUGCGUAUAGGAAUAUGUUGUUUUGACCAAAAUUAUUUUGUAUAUAUGUCUUAGCUUACCAUGCUAAGCAAAUUCUACCUUAAUUCUGGAAAUAUUUGUAUGUCCCAUGAGGUGUCUUAAAUAAAUAUAUAUAUGAGAUGGGAAGUGCAUUUAUGAAAACAUUUGACUAACAUACUAAAAAAGCAACUGAACUUUUCAAAACAAAUGGAAUUUAGUCAUUCCUGUUUCCUCUGCAAGCACCUAAAGAACACUUUUUUGCAUCAAUUUCCUCUGGGGAAUAUCUUAACAUAUUUAAUAAAAAUAUGUCUCUCUGACCUUAAUAACCAGUUGAAGAAUUAGUCAUAAGGAGCUGAGAUUGUACAAUACUGGCAUUUUCUGGCCAGAUUGCUGUUACAAUGACAUGAAGAUAAUUUGGGUCAACACAGAGGGAAGAGUGAUGGGUACAGGAGAAGAUAGAAUUAUUGCACUUUGCCUACGUUUGGAAGGUGUUGGACUAUUUGUUGAAUGCAUUUCAUUUUUGAUGUGGCAUCAGCUUGGCAAUACUGUAGAAAGUAAACUUCCCCGUUACCUAACCCUUCAUAUAUAUGAUUGUUGAUGGUGUGAAUAAAUCAUUCAUACAUUUUAAAUGUUGUUCAAUAAAUGCAAUUAGCUCUGA